AUGUCGUCCUUUGGUCGCAGCAAUCAACCGGCCGCCGUCACCACCGCCGCCGUCGUCGACGACAGCCACGAGAAGCACGACUUUGACGAUGCCAGUCUCAGCACUCGGCCUACUUUUGGCCAAUGGCUCAAACUUCACUGGCGUGACAUCCUGACCAUGAUCGCCAUGGGCGCCAUCGGUCUCGGCGUGUACGAGGCCCCGCCAGCUCCGUCUCGUAGCUUCCCCGUCUACUACCCAGACGGCGACGUGGUCUUCCCACAGUACGCCUAUCCUUCCCGCCACGAGAUCAUCCCAAUUUGGGCCGCUGCCCUGCUCGCUUCACUGGUUCCCAUCCUCGUUUUCCUGCUGAUGCAGUUCCGCAUCCGCUCCUUCUGGGAUGUCAACAACGCUGUUCUGGGCCUAUUGUACGCUCUCAUCUGUGCAGCUGUCUUCCAGGUCUUCAUCAAGUGGUUGAUUGGUGGUCUUCGCCCACACUUUCUCGCAGUUUGCAAGCCUCGCACCCCAAUCAAUGGCGCUCAGACUGGCAAUGGUUUCGGCAACAUCAUGUAUGAUCGCAAAGUCUGCACUGGAGACAAACACGAAAUCGACGAUGCCCUCGAAUCGAUGCCCAGCGGACACACAACUGCUGCAUUCGCGGGCUUCGUCUUUCUGUACCUCUACCUCAACGCCAAGCUCAAGGUCUGGAGCAACUACCAUCCUGCCAUGUGGAAGCUGAUCGUCACUUACAUGCCGAUUCUUGGAGCUUGCCUGAUUGCAGGAUCUCUGACCAUCGACGCCUACCACAACUGGUACGACCUUUUGGCCGGAGCCAUUAUCGGUACUAUUUUCGCAUUCUCUGCAUACCGCAUGGUCUACGCCAGCGUAUGGGACUUCCGCUUCAACCACAUUCCGCUGUCGAGAUACGCACCGUUCACAUACAACUCUCAGCUCGGUCCAUUCGGUGGCUUCCAGGAUGCUAUGUGGACUAGACAGGCUGGCUGGGGCCAAGGUUCUGCCUCUGUGGGUGGUGCGCCAUUCGACGUCUCCAAUCAAGGUGGCUUUACAGCUGGUACUAGUCACGGCAAUGGAUUUGGAGCACAGCAGGGUGUGUCUCGCAAGCCUGUCGGUAUCAGCCCGGUUGCAGGUGAACAAAUGGUCUAA